AUGCAGGAGUGUGGGACUUCCUCUGCGGCUCUGCGGCUUGAAGACGAGCGGGUGGAAGUAGGAAGAGAAGAGAAUGAGGAAGAAGCCCUCAACUUAAUGGCCAUUAGAUCUGAGUUGUUGAUUGCUGGUGUAAUGAACAAAGGAAGAGUUGAAACUGCGGAGCAGAAUAAUAUAAUAAUCAAAACCAUAAAGGUCGAAGGCGAUGGAGGUGAUGUGAUAGAUUGCGUUGACAUCUAUAAGCAGCCUGCUCUUAAUCAUCCACUUCUCAAAAAUCUUACUAUACAGCUGACACCGCCUCCGUAUCCAAAUGGAUCUAAUGAAACAGACAGUUCUCAUCAAAAUGACGAACAAGUACUGCAAUCCUGGUUAUUAGAGGAAGAGUGCCCAGAAGGAACAAUCCCCAUACUUCGAACUCAGGCUUUCAAUAUUUCUACUCCCAAAUCUAUCCCACAGUUUAAUCAGAGCGACGUUCUCAAGUUGACAGCUCCAGAUAAUCAUGAGUACGCCACAGUUAGUACGGCACGCGGCCAAUAUUACGGAGCACACACAUCUGUGAACGUAUGGAGCCCUUUAUCAGAGAAUGGGGAGAGUAUAUCCCAGAUAUGGGUAGUGGGAGGACUGGGAGCUGCAGAUGGUGGAGCACAAAGUACUGUUGAAGCUGGCUGGAUAACUAGAUCGUAUGACAAUCAAACUAGGUUCUUCACAUACUGGACAGGCCAUAAUUACAAAGAUGGUUGCUACAAUCUUGAGUGUUCUGGUUUCAUCCAAGUAAAUAGAAAGUUUGCCCUGGGUUCAGUCAUAAAACCUGUUUCGACCUACAAUGGGAAGCAAGCUGAGAUAUUCAUAAGCAUAUACAAGCACAAAUCGGUCGGACAGUGGUGGCUUAUGGUGCAAGAUCAAGCAUUAGGAUACUGGCCGGACAAAAUCUUACCUAGUCUGCAAGGCAGUGCUGAUAUGGUCACCUGGGGUGGUGAGGUCUACAAUUCAGAACCUGGCGGUCGUCACACGCGAACUCAGAUGGGGAGUGGUCAUUUCCCUAGUGAAGGCUAUGGCAAAGCAAGCUAUUUUCGAAAUAUGCAGUACUUGGCCAGCUCUGGAAAAUUUGUAGAUGCAGAAAGGCUUAUCACAUAUGUCACAAAGCCUCCUUGCUACAAUCUUAUUCAGCAAAAUAAAGCCAAGGGAUUUGGAACUCAUUUCUAUUAUGGAGGAUCUGGAUAUUCAGCAAGAUGCCCUCAAUAG